AUGCGAGGCAUCUGCCCACUUGACCUGGCUCCUGAACUCAAGAAACUUCAACAGACGUGCGUGGAGGAACUGUUCAAGAACGCGUGCUCCGGCGACAGUGAACCGCCGUCCCGGUCCACUCCGGGACCAUCGGCCAAAAAUUGGAACAGGCUACAAGUUGACAACGGUGAGUUGAAGAGAAGAACGUCAAACUAAAAUGUACACGUAUUCGAUCGAUAUCUUCCUGAGCCGACUGAUUGACUGACUUACUAGUGAGCAUGAGCCUUUUUGUUCUUCCUUCUUUAUUUCUUUUUUAUAAAAGCUGCUCCGAUGACAUUAUAAUUGAAUUCUCACGCGUUCUCUCCUCAUCUUCAAGACGAGACGAGAAGUGACUUUCAUCUCUUCUGCCCUCAGUUCAGCUGGAGCAUUCCAAAAAAAGACGAGCUCCUUGUUUCCCCCCGCUUCAUUUUCUUUCCCUCGAUUGUCUUGCAUAGUGUGUCGUUUUUUGUUCAGUUUCCCAAGGAGAACGGUCGCUGUCGAAGGCUCCGCUGAGCCCGAAACCGUCGGCAGCAGCGAGUGUCUCGACGUGUAGCAUGCUGGAGACAUCGUCAGCCAAAGAGUCAGCACGACGGAAAUCGCUGGUUUCAUUGCAGUUGCAUCGAAAAUCUCGGAAUGUCAAAGAAUGUGAGUGCCCUUAUUUUGGACUGAUUCUCUAAGUUUCUUAUCACAACUUUUUCGUUUCAAACCCCGUUGUUUCGGUGCGCCUUCACGCCCUCUCCUCCGCUUUUCAAUCCCGCCAAUUUAUGUGUUGUCAGGCUUUCUCACUUUUACCCUUGUAUUGAUUUAAAGCAAAACAUAGUAUAGCAGCAAAACUAGAAGACAAAUUUUUAUAUUUUUAAGCCCGAAAAAAGAUAGUUUGUAUUUUGGAAGCCUUGGAAGGAAUAGCCGAAUAAAUUGAAAGAGGGCAAAUAAGUUGCCUUGUUUCGCUUCACUUACCAGUGAGCAGGAAGAAUUUAAUUUCGAAUGCUUAGUCGUGCUCGCAAUCAUUUCCCAUCCCCUUCUUUCUUUUCUUCCUUAUCCACCCACUCUAACUUUUCUGGCAGCGUCCCCCGUUAAUCUUGCGUCAGUUUAUGGCGGGGCGAAGGGAGCCUUCCAAAUCAUUUUGGUUCCCGUUAGAGACCCCUAAAAGAUGUGUGCGAAAAUAGGGAUUAAUGGCGGGAAGCGAUGGUGCCGCGAGUAGUAUUCUGAGCAAAAUCCUUGACGGGCCACAACGCCACAAUAUGUGGCGAAGCGUGGCACUGAGGUCCGACUCGAGAACACUGUCUGAGAAGCGUUUCACCCUACGUAUUCCUUUAGAUCCGGUCAUUGACUGUGUCAGUUGGGAACAAGCAUGGGAACUGCUCAAGAAGAUGGCCUGUAAUCCAGAGUGCCUUGACAAUAUUGUGGUAAGAAUUCGGAAUCCAACAGAAUCUCUCCAUUUUUCUUCAUUUUCAGAACUCAUUGUCAAAGUUUGCCGCUCAAAUGGAAAAUGCACCAUCGAGCGUCGAUCGUGAUCAAUUCGACGCGCACAUGGGUGGACUUUUGCACAGAAUGAUCCAUGUAAGAAAAGACGAGAAACAUAUAAUUUGAAUGCACUUUAGACGGCCAUCAAGGAGUACGAGUCUUCGACACCAACCUACAAAAAACAGAAGAAACUGCAUCUAACCUGGUUGCUGAGCCAAAUUGCCACGUUCUGCUUCACAUUUCUGCAGAAAAGUGGGACCAGUCGGCAGUUCUCAGCAUUAAACACCUUGAACAAAGUAAUAACUGGAUGAAUCAGAAAGAUGGAGUACAUCAUCUAUUUCUAGAUAAUCGACGCUGGUUUAGUUCACGACUUAUUCGCGUUCAACGAUGUCAUAUUUCAUUCCUCCCGGAUACUGAACAGAUCUCAUGCCUUUGAUUCCGAUGAACCGCCUACGCCUUGUAAGAUUUCUUGCGUUUCGAUAAUUUCAAUAUGUUUCCUGUUUCAUUCCAGCCGGCGAGUCUUUCAAUUCCAAUGCUGACCAAAACUCGACAGUAGAUCAUGUCUUUAUUUACGGAGCUGGUUACAAGUAAUUAUAUUCUUCCAGUUAUUGCUUUUUAUCAGAAUCACUUCCAGAGACCAGUCACUUCUUCCUUCUCCAACUGUGGCGCCGACUCGUCACAAGUCUGAUUUGAUGAAUUCCUUCAGUGACAUGGAUCCGAGCCAGGGUUUGUGUUUGUUUGCACAAACUUCCGCACAAAAACAACACAUUUCCAUUUAGUUAUUGUUGCUCUCCACAACGCGAUAACAAUGCAAAAUCGAGAAGCGGGCUCCAGAUCUGUUUGCAGUCCGGCACACCGAUGGAGGCAAUGUUGUGCACAUUGCACUCAGAUUCUCGUGGCCAGAUUGCUACUUUUUCUGACGCAUGCAAAGUGGGACCUGAAAAUGAGAAGAUUAACAUAGAGAAAGUGUGUUUCAGGAAGUUCCGAAGUCGUCUCUCAGACCGACACCAACUGCGGAGUCUCGUCGCACUUCUCGAGCCAACUCUCGAGCCUCAACUUCUUUGUCUUCUCCUUCAGUGCCUUGCAAUGAUCGCUUUGGAUCCUUCGACUCAUGUCACUUUGAUUGAUAUUCAAAUUGACGAUGUGCUCAUACAAAUGCUGCUCCCCGCUGACGACUGGUACUACACCAACCACAGUACCAAGUAUGGAACAUUUGUGAAAUAUCACGCGGCGAGAGUGCUCGUUUACGUUGGAAUGGGAGAUCGUGUCGGUAGCCGAGUGAAUCUGUUCAGCUUGUUAGCUUUUGAACCGUCUGCAAAGAGUGGAAGCCAGCAAAAUGAGGACGACUACAUUUGCGAGACGUGUGCCACUCCCCGGAGCAUGAGCACAUUUUCCCGAUCUGCUGUUUCGGUUGAGGGCGUGUUGCUGAAAGUACUGGCAGAGGUGGCGGAGGUAAACGGAAAAGUGUUAGAAGUGAAGCUGAUUAUUAUUUUUCAGUUAGUGAGACAGAGUCAGCACUUGUCAGCAAGUGAACCGAUCACUGAAGAGUCACCGAGCGCAGGAUCUCCUCCAGCAGUCCUUCCCAACCAAGCAGAGCAAAAGAAUAUCAUCGAAAAGAACACCGAGAAACUGACACAGCUGGGAUGCCAGAUUUUGAUAUCUCUAGAGCAACUGGAAGCUCAUCUGUGCAAAUUAGGACUAGUCCUAGAUUCGGUUCUCCUUCUCCGACUCCUUCUGCACAAACUGUCUUGGGAUCUAGGCCUGGUGACGAAGAAACGGGUAGCCGUGGUGGACCACGUGUACAAACCGAUCACCGACCCGAGAGCUCAUUCCAGUUGCAGUCUCGGAAACAACAGGUUUGCGAGCGUCCUGUGUUGCUCUGGCUGCGUUUAUUUCGCUUCUUUUCCAGAAACUUUGGUAAAUCUAAAUCUUUUGAUAGGCGAGAGGAUAGCAAACGGGAUAAGAAUUAUCUGCGUGUCGACCAAGGAUCUCGGGCUUCCAAAAGAGUUCACAUCAGACGAUCGAGUUCCGUCGAAAUCAUCCGACCAAAACGACUCAGUUCCGGAGCCAAAGACAUCAAGAAUAGAGAAAGAAGGAAACGGUACUACUAUAUCUUCCCAGGAUUUCAAAUAACAAAACUCUUAAAAUUGCAGACUAGGAACCGAUACCAGUAGCGGGUCGAAUCGUUCCAAAAAAACCAAUUCUUCGUCCUCGUCUGUCCAAAAACAUCUUCCCAAAUACAUUCAGUCGCUAUUCCGAAGUCGUAUGGGCACCGAUCCGUGCAAAAGGACAUCGAGAAGUGAAUCCACGUUACCGCACAGUGACUUUUUGUUGUGUUAUUUCUGCCAUUCACCUCUAUCUCAAAACACACUCAUCGGCGUUUCCUCAAAAUGCCGUAUUUCUUUGCAAGCUCUGCCUAAUCGCAUGUCAGAAACAUUCACAACUUUUGAGAACGAGUUUUGAUCAUAAUUGUUAGUCUCACUAGUCAAACAAAAAAUUAUAACGUUUUUAAAAACGUGAAAAAAUGCGCUUUUCGUACACGCACUCUGUUUUGUAACGUGGUCUCAAUAGAUGUCACUUGCUUUUUCAGAUAGAUUGCUUUCGGAACUGCCUCUUUUCAGAGAAAGUUCAUAAUAACCCGAUGUGUUUGUAACUCAUCCUUCUGCCAAAUUAUUUAUCAAACCACAAACGUUGCCCAUUUCAGGAGAUUCCAACGAAAGCAAUACAAGUGGGUCGGAUGCCGUUCUGGAGUUCACCCGAAAGUUGCAAAACUAUCCCUUAACCAGGAGAGAAGCGCAGAGAUUGACAUAUCGAAGCAAUGGACAGCAAGAUUCGAACGAUUCGAAAGUGGGACCAAGGACAAUGGGAUACGUUUACUUGCCGGAGCUAGAAAUCCAGGGAGCUAGUCCUCCAAGGUAAAUUUUUGUUUAAAAAAAACGAAAAACUGUCGAACUAAACAGAUCUCCGGGUCCGUUGACCGCCAACUCAUUGGAGGAAGGAACAACAAUGUUGUUGGACACUCGCCGUCCAAGCAGCCCACAGGCCAUCCCUGGUCUUCCACAGAUUGAAAUCCGUCGUCCGUCUGCCCUUUCUCAAUUCGAGUUUGGAUAUUUCGUCAAUUCUCCGGAGCUAAGCGGAAGUGAAGUGUCCGACUGCGCGCCUCUUCUUCUCAGCGGCCAAAUUGGCGGCAGCCGAAAAAGUUCCGAUGGUGAGUGGGGGGAAGAGAAACGAGACGACGCCCGGCGCUCACAUGUGUAUGCGUUUCGCCUCGCCCGCUAUCGCCAUCCCAUGUGGUCUAGUGGUUAGGAUUCGUGGUUUUCACCCACGCGGCCCGGGUUCGAUUCCCGGCAUGGGAAGUUUCUUUUUUUUUGCAGAAACAUCUCUGGGUGGCUGGUCAAGUCGAGCUUCGUCGGUAAUGAGUCAAAGAUCGUCCCGUUCGAGUGUGGGCCUUCGUUUAUCAACGUUUUCGGGCGGAACGAGUAUUGCUUCCGACAAUUCAGGACCUUUCCUGUUUAGUUUUGUACUGAGAAAACGUGCAUCAACAAUUGGAACGCGGAUUCCGAUUCCAAGAAGGGCUUUGUCGAGAUCUUCGGGAGACAGUCUAAGGGUUCCGGACAGGGAAAGUCCUCUUCAUUUGGCCAGUAUGACCGAGAUGAAUCCGGACUUUCAAUGUGUGCGACAACUCAUUCUCAAUCUUCUGAAUGUUUACACUAAAAGGUAGCAAUUAUGUAUUGUGAAUGAAAUAAUCAAAAAAUUAAGUUUAUUCAGAAAUGACAACGUGGUUUCCACAAUGAAAGAGUGCGCUGACGUUCUUCGUCAAAUUCUGAACUCUCCACAACAUCCAACUGUCAAGAACUGGUGUGCCGAAAUAAUUCACGUCGUCAGCACGCACGUCGAAGAGGAAGAACCGACAACUGCGGAGAACAACGAACAAAUCAACGACGAGUAUUUGGAAGUAAGCACAAAAGAGAACGAUAUUGCUUUUUGCUCCUUCUGUUUGGCGGAUUGUUCUUUUCUGAUAUGUUUCUUUUUGACACGUUUUUUUCUUGUUCCCUGUGUCACUUUUUGUUUCGUUUCUCUUUCCAUCUGGCCAUGAACCAUAAGCAGGAGGCAAAGAUUCUAAAUCGUGGAAUCGCUGAGCUUGUUCGACGAGCUACCGUCAGUGCCUUAUUUCCGAAUGGGGCCGUGUCGAGAAGACAUGUUCGAGGCUUACCGGCUAUUGAAGAAUUGAUGGACGAAAGUGACUUGUUCGAAGUUCAAGAGGAUGAUGAAAUCGAAACGGACUCAGAGUGCUCUGCACCAACCAUCGACGUCACCGUCCCAACAGAUGGAUCGGUCCGGAAUAUGGAAGAAUUUAUUGCGAAUUAUGACGGCGAUUUCGGUAAGUCCUUUUUACUUUUCCGAUUCCCCACGGAUUACGAACGAUUGAUGUUUCGUCUCUGAACGUCGUAGCAUAAUUGUUACGUCUUUCAAAUUUUCCUGAUGCCACAUUUGUUUUGAUGUUCUCUUCUAGGCGACUCGCCAACGACCAGCCAACCAUUCCCCAGUUUUUGAGCUUUAAGAAAAGAACACGUGUUGUAUGACUUGUUGUUGUUUUGUGGCGAUACAGUGAAAUUGUGCUUUAGGAAAACUGGCACCGUCAAGUCAUCCGCUAACGGCUCCGCGCCGUUCGCUCCACAUUGGAGCACUUCUGCCGGGUGCCAGCAGAUUCACCGCUCGACUGAAACGCUCGAAAUCGUUGCCGCGGAUUCAGAAUAUGGAUCAAAUAAAAGAGGCCAUCAGACGGAAAAGCUCGUUGCGAAAGUGGUUCGCCACCCGCACGGUUGCUGGGAGACGGAAUAGCAACACAAACAGCUAUGAAUGCAAGCGGACGUCGAUCACUCACGAAGACUUUCUCUCUCAAAUGCGCAACGUUACUCGCAACACUCUCAAACAUCUGCUGUUUCCCGACAAAAAAAGUGAAGUUCGCAUUGUGAAGCUUUCCAACGAAAAGUUCCACGAUGUCGAAGCGCUCACCCGCCAAAUCAACGAAAUGGUCAUGAUUCCAACUACUGCGAAGCCGACAGAGAUAAUUAAAUAAAGGGUUCACUGUUGAAUUUUAUGUUUUUCCGUUUUUGAUAUGAAUAAACAAAUGACGAGCAGUGUUGAUAAAACAGUCAUAAAAACGAGAACAUGACGCGUUUCUGAUUGUUGUUAGGAUGUUUGCACAUCUAAAAGCGUUCCCAUGCUUGCAUAAAAAUUUGUUUUUAUUUUGCCAGUCAACAACCUCAUUUUCCCUACCAACGUGUUUUUCGAUAUGUAGAGAAGCUCAUAACACUACUUCCUGUUUCUGCCGGUAGUAUUCGUACGGUCAAUCAUUCAAUCACUAUGCUUUCAUGUAUUCUUUCAAAAUUACUAGGGGAGAAUAAAGAGAAAUCUUUUUUGAACCCCAACUACAAAAAGAAGCGAGUGAAUCCUAAGUUCAAAAUACUCACUAUGAAUCCGGAUGAUGAAGAGAUUCAAAAAUUACUUCAACAAAUUCCCUCGACUAGUAAUUUUUUUGUGUUUGAGUAUUGGACAGUCGAGAAUGAGUACGAGCAGUACUUUAAGAACCAACUGUCCAGAUUCACCUGCUAUUGUAAUUCAAUAAUUUCGCGUGUUGGUGAUUCGCUGAACUUUUGCCGCAGUGAAAACAUCAGCGACAAUGGAAAUGUGUUGUUCUCAAUUGAUUACUGGAUUGACGAAAAGUUGUUCAAUAAACUUGUCAAGCCAAAGUCUGGGAAGAGAGUUAUUAUCUUCAAAGUAGAAAAAUGUUGAGUAUUGCGAAAUAGUUAUGUUUUUCUUUCAGUUCCAAGACCAAGUGAUAUCUGGAAGUUUGCCAUGUCCCAAAGAAGAAGCGGCGUACUUGGCGAGCAUUCAGUUGUCUGUCGAAGAACAAUGGCCAAGCAACAAACGUACUCAGACCAUCCGGAGGCACUUGCUCAAAGGACAAUUUGGUCAGAAUAUUAAACUCUUUCAAAACAAUCGAAUAACUUCUCUUUAUUUUCAGGUAGAAUUAGAGACCUGGCUCAAAAGAUCAUGGUGACACCCUGGGAAGUAGAUCAGAAUCUUUACUGCACUCCUCCGAGAUUCCCCAACGAGUCAACAACCGCAAGUAGGGCUCAAUCGGUGGUGGAAGAGAUCCAGCAUCGGUCAAGAACCCCGACGCUCCUGAGAUGCAUUACGAACACGGACGGUUUGAUGUCCGAAGAGGUUGGCUGUAAAGGUGUUUUUUUUUUCAAAUUCUUGUUGAAUUACAGAUGCAGGCGCAGUGUUUACCGGUCGACUUGCGUGGCGAUCGUCGGACAAUAAAACUCGUCAAGGUGUGAAAUCAUUCAGUGAUCAGUGAGAAAUCUGAUCAAUUUUGCAGGAAAGGAAGAGAAAAUUGUUCCACAGUCAAGUUUACGAAAGUGAAAUCGGGAUGAAGAAGUUGUACAUUCAGGUUGGUCAAGAAGUUAUUAGGCGUGGGAAACUUGUCGGAUUAAACGUUGCAUUCAAGUCACAAAGCAUCCUCAUUCUUAAUUCUAGUUUUUGCAUUUGCAGUGUCGCUCAGUACCAAUCACAAAUAACAUUCGCCAUUUUUUACACCUGUGCAAAUCGGAGCCAUGAUUUUUAUGUCUCGAGACGUGAAAACCCCCAAUUUUACGAGGCCCCCACGCGUAGACCCCUAAAUUUAUUCGUUUUUUUUUGUUGUUACUCACAAUGUCUAUAUACAUAACGAACACUCGUUUUUCAGACCGCCAAAAAGUUGGCCGCAUUUGGUUGCAAAGUUUUCCAAGUGAAAGAGUUGCUACACGGCCGAACACUGCGUAAAGUGAGUUUGGGCUCUUAUGAAUCCUCUGAACAUUUCACUCAUUGCCUCCACUUUUCUCUGUCCGUUUCUCGCCGCGUUCUGUUUACGUAUCCGGAGGCAAUGGGGGGAAUGACUCAAAAGUGCAUCGGCACAAGCUGUUGUUGUUCCAUGACCUCGUCGUUUUCCUCACUUUUGUUACCACUUUUCUUGCCCGCCUUCAUUUAUUUUCAUCUAGUUUUUCUCUAUUCUAAACACUGUCUAACUUUCUUGCCUUUCCUAAGCCGUCGCCAAAUCGGAAUGCUGAACAAACAGUGUACUCAACACUCAAUUUUUCACAAUUUGCCUGUUUUCCGCGAGUGUCUUGUUUGUGACUUGGAGAAAGGACAGAACGGUUGCGAAAUGAGUUCAUACAACGGAAAUACUAUAGAUUCCCAAAAGUUGUAAACUGGACUCUGGACCCAUACAAUUUAUCGUUUCCAUGUUCACUCAUGGUUUGAUGAAAACGUGUAUUUUCAAGUUUCAAUUCAAUUUCCAAAUGGCGCGGUCCUUCUACUUAUUGUCAAACAAACAUUACUUUCAUUCAACAUUCUGAUUAGUUCCGGAAACUUGUUUUGAACUGGAUAUAUUCGCGAAAGACCUGCGAGCCGAGUGAUAGUGAGUAAUAUUGACACGCACUCGAGCCUACCCCCAGCGUAUCGAAUAGUGAUUGUGCGAGGUGGGAGGCGCAUUGUUUUGUGGCUUUGUUCUUAGCAGACUCCUCACUUCAAACAUCGGCCACCCCCGUCUUUAACAGUCGCUCCGCCCUCUCUUUCGUUCCAAUUUUUGAAAACAACUCGCUCACACUUGAAAAAUAGAUUGGUUCUUGAUCUUGAUCCCAAAUCAAAAGCCGAAAAGUUCUUAAUCCACGCGGCUGCGCGUCUUUUGUGUUUGCUCAUUGUGAACGGUUUUUUGCAGAAAAAAGUAGAAUGUUUUAAUCGGAUGAGAAGUUGAGAAAAUGAGAAGUUGAGAAAGUUGAGCGACCGCCUUUUAAUUCAAGAAAAUUCAGUGUCCAAAAUUUCCGAACAUUUGAAAAUAAUUUACAAUAAUUUGUUUAUUCCGUAACUUGCAGGCCACCAAAAUCUUACAAGUAUCAAAACAUGAAAUUAUUACAGUAAUCGAGAAGUUUUUCUGAACAUGAGUCAGGCAAUUACCAUUAGGUUCUUUUCGGCACGAACAACGGCAACGCCAAUAUUUUUCUCUUUUCAUUUUUUCAACCGUCUGCCUUCUUCUCUGCUCCCUUCUCCUCUCAUUUCCGGAUCUUUUUUUUAUCAAGUACCAUCCCAUAACCUCAAGAUUUCUGUGAAAUUCCUGGGUUUAAUUGUCCGAGAACAUGGCGUACUUUCGACAUUUUUCAAAUUGUUUACUCAUCUCACCUCAGAACGUGUUUGUUUUCGUCUAAACAAGUAGUUUUGGGUUUUGUUCGACACAACGAUCAGGCGACAUCUUGAAAGCUCUCAAAGCUCAUGUGUUGAAUCACCAUCACCCGCAUAAUUGCGUCGUUCUCACAAAAUUCAUCUUCUCUUUUUUCUUUUCACUCUUGAGGAAAAUUCAUAUGUCGGAGAAGAGAUCGCAUGUUUGCAAAGCACGCCUUCUUGCCCAUCCCUUACCCAUUUUUCUCUCCAUUUCAUCAGUUCAGUUCUCAAUCCUUUUUGGUUCUUUGUGUGUUCGAUAUCGAAACGGUCGCUAUUCCCGCCGUCUAAUAGUGGUUUUGCCCACAGACUCUUCGGCUCCUCUGUCUGUCUUCUGCUCAAUUGUGCCUGUUGGACGGAUCGACUAAACUUGUGUUGAAACGACAGCACGCGUCGACCCUUCAACAGUGGAGAGUUGGUGGUGGGGUCAGCAAGCAUCAACUGCUGCUGGAAUUCCGUGGAACAAAGUGGCAGCUCAUCGGUAAGUGAAAUGGUGUUAGAAACGAGUUACAAGCUUUCACUCUCGUAUGUUUGACCUUUGCCUUCGAGAAAUGAUCAAAAUUCAAAAUUCAUACGCACAGGAAAUCCACUUCCUGUCCACUGUUUCUGAGAGUAAUCCAAUAUGAAACAAAAACGUAUCCAUUUUUGCAGCGCCAUCGUAUAAUGCACUGAAGUCGAUAUCGAUGACAUUAUGGGAGAUUAUGCAAAAUUCUGCUAGCAAUUCAAUCCAGCGGAGUCUCAACCAGUCGAUGCAUCGUUCGCACACCGAGGCCACUGUUUGUACGUUUCUCGCUUUUGUCCUUGCGUCUUUUUCUCUGAAAACAUUGAUAGUCACAAAGAACCGAACUGACAAGUAUGCCGGUAGGGCCAUUCACAAAUCCAAUCACACGCAAACGACUCCUCAUUUGAGAAGGAAAGGGGUGUAAUGCGUGCCCGGGUACAUUCCUGCUAUAGGCCGCCCAUUCCACAACCCUAAUUGAUCCUAAGAGAUUUCACCGACGCCCCGACCAACCUCCUUUCAAAAAACUGGAAAAUUUUUGCACUUUUAUCUUUUAUCUUUCUAUUUUUAUCGGUAGCAAAAAGUGAAACCUCAACAUAAUGAGUCUUAUCUUGUGAACCGUCCGAUUCUGAUUGUGAUUGCACCCCUGAUCUAUGAAUAUACCUAGUUUUGACACUGAUAUACUCCAAACACGUCAUUGUGACCUUUUUUUGAUUUGGAAAUCCGGAUAAAUGCAAAUGAACACCACUCCAUGCUAGUUACAUUUCUAGUAUCAUUUGAACUAAACAGAAAACAGAAAACACUUUUGCCCAUCUAUGAUUACUGUAGGCUGAUAGACGGUGCCCUGAAUGGCUCUCUAAACACUUCUUUACUUCUCUCCACCUACUUUCGUUCAUUGGAAUUCGACUCGCCUAUCAAAUGCACUGCGGAAAACAGCCUGCUUCGUUAUCAGCCCCGGUCCGAUAGUGAUUCACUUCGGUGAUCUGCUCCCCUUUGCGAAACAACACGAUUUCCGUCCUUCGAACAACCGUCACUGCCGUUCUCAAACGGAUAAAAGUGCGGGAGACAACAUAAAUAUGAAAACGAUACACAGACACUACGUGUCUCUUUCCUUUUUCUUUUCCUUGCAUGUUCCUCCUCGCUUCUCUCUCUCUCUCUCUCUUGUAGAUCUCUCGCCCUGUUUCGUCUUUCAUGCAAUCACUUACAGUAUUCAUUGUGAUUGACUAUUCCCAAUUAUAAAAUGCAAUGAAUUGGGAUACUCUGAAAAACGUGCUGAAAGCACGGAGGAUCACGAAACGAACGAUUCCAGCCUACAUUCAUCGUAAGUCUUCUGACUACAGUAGUCUAAUUACAAGUUUUCUGUCACAUGCCAAUGUCACAUGCCAACUCACUGAGUCAGAAUCUUUAAUUUCUGGUUAGACAAUAAUGUUUAUUUUUGAACUCUUAUCGCUUUGACGAUAAGAGUCCACAAAUCAACGGAACUAACUACUAUUAAAAAGUUCAAUGAAUAAGGAGAAGGGAAGUUCUUUGUGCACUUGAUAUCAAACUCAACUUGUAAUCACAAUCACGUUUUUAACAAAUUCCAACCGUAUUUUAUUACCUGGAGGAACGUUUAUUUUUGGUUUGUUUUCCGUGGUUUGAAGUUUGUUUUACUGUUAGAGGUGUCAGGACACACAUAGUGAUGUUGCCUUAUUUCAAAAUUCAAAUGCGCCAUUCAUCCACCGCUAGAACACAUUUCUAAUGCCAGUCAACUCAUAUAUUGAGCGCCUGAACAAUGGCGACCCAAGUAUUCAGUGAUUUGUCAAUUUUUCGUGUUUGCUCUCCUCUUCUUUCCAAUAUGCUAACCAAUCAGUGCGAACUGAAAAAUAUGAACGAAAUUCUCAAGGGGAUCCCCGCAUCGCUUCUAUCCGUGGAGCUCAGUGCGGCUGCGGCAGCUGGGCACGCAAGAUCCAAGAUGCCUUUUCUUCGUGCCUCCUCCCCCUUUUUUCUUUUUUCGCCCAUUUAUCUGCCGCCCGCCUUCUAGUAGAUCCGAGUCGAAAUUUUUGCUUUCCUCAAAACGGGUGCCGUGUUUAUCUGCUCAUUUUGGCACGAAACAUUCAGCUCUGAUAUUCUUUUAUUCAUUCGUUUCCUGAAUCCUUGAAAUGCUAACACAAUGCCGCACGAACGUAAAAUGACGUCUGUGGUAUCCCGUUUGCUUCAUGCUCUCGGAAGGUCACAUGAUCACGAAGAACCAGAAGUUGCUCCGGAUCCGGAUAGUCUUCUGGUCUAUGUCUGUAAAUUGGGUGAGUAGUGAAAUGCAUCCGGAACUUUUCGCUGUUUGCCAUUUUCUUUUUCAAUCCCCAUAAGGAUGGUGGUGGGCGUGCAAAAAAACGGAUGUCAAAGCGCAUCUAACUUUUUUAUAUGAAAAAUGUUCGCUUCUUUCUUAUCUUGGACGAGGGUUCGGCUUCAAGAUUGAGAUGUGGAUAUAGGCUUGUCACUAGAAACUUUAAAUUUCGAACAAAAACCAAGUUGGAUGUUUCAAUGGAAUCCGUGUACGCAUAUGACUUCAAAGUGAGAGUGAGCAAAGAAAGCCCCAAAUUUAGCAAAUCAGGCCCAAUUGAAUUGUUUGCGAGCCGUUUUUCUGUCUUGUUGCUCGUGUAAGUUUGACGCUCAAAUAAUUUGGUUGUGCCUCUCUUUUUGUCCCGAAUUGCAACGAGACGUGUGCAGAACGCGGCUGUCCAGUUGUCCACGUUCUUCUGUUUCGACCCCCAACUUUUACAAAUUUGUUUCGAGCAACAGAUAUGCAUAGAGCUUGUCGUCCCCCAAACAUCUUUUCAACUAGGACAAAAUGAGAGAAUCACGGAAAGAGUGAGAGAGAGAGAGAGAGAGAUUCAAAAUUGCAACACAAUACGAAGAGCACAAUUCAAAACCCUAAUUGCACACAGAGCGGCAUUUUUUGGGGGGAAAGAAGGCUCGAAUAGCCAGCUGAUUGUUGGUCGUUUGGUUGGGAAGAAUGGCGGAUGGGGGUGAAGUAUAUUAUAGGAGAACAAAAAGAGGAUUGGAAAUGGAAUGAGGUCUAAUGGGAUGCGUUUUUUAGCGACGUCGCGAAGCGAUUCGACAUCGUCGACACAGUCAGCCACUGCCGGAUUCAUUCUCAAUGAAGAGCCAAUCACUUUGUUUCGACUCGAACUUGAACGACUUCAAUACAUUCUUCAUUUCCCGGAAGAAGUUGCAUUUCAGGUAUUUGGUUUCGCUGUCAAUAGCUGAUAACUCAAAGAUUAUUUCAGCUCUCUUCGACCGAGUAUCAACUGUUCUACUCGAUUCAGCCCAUGGACUAUGUCCGAUAUGUCAGUUGUGAUCUGACAUCUGUGCCAGUCUCUGAAAACCCGAGUCCGGUCAGAAAUCUUGUGAAAAGACUCUCUGAGGUACUAAAAAUCAAUCACUCAUCUGUUCCGUAACAUUUUAUUUCACAGGUAUCUUCUUGGAUAACUCACGUCAUUGUCAGUCAGCCGACUCACGACGACCGUAAAAUAGCUCUGACUGCCAUUCUGAGAAUAGUUGAAACGUGCUGGAACAUUGGAAACUUUAAUGCUGCCGUAGAGGUUCUCAUGGGAUUGAAAAGCGAAAAACUGCGUCCGUUUUGGCUUUCCCUGCGGCUAGAAGAAAAAUCUCAGUUUGAUUCAGUAUGUUCCCCAAAUUGAGGUAAAUUCUGCUUCAUUUUCAUUUACUUUCAGCUCUGCGAAACAUUGUUGCCAGCCAACCAGGCGCUCCCAUCUCAAGCGUACAUCAAUGCGGUCCAAAGAGCUCUCCGAAUGCCCCAAUCUCGUGUCAUCCCAUUUUUCGGAAUAUUUCUACGUGAUCUCUAUGCCAUUGUCAAUGACUUGCCAAAUAUUGUUGUGAUCGGGCAUGAGGGUGAAACACAGAAGUUAGAAUUCAUGAACGAUCCCAAUGGCGAAGAUCAUUUCUCAUCGAGAAUCGGAGUGGGAGGUCUACUUAAUGCUGACAAAAUCAAUCUUGUUGCAAUCGGUCAGUCAGCAUAGGAUUAUACGGGAGUAAUGCAAUUUUUAUUUCAGUUCUUGAUAACUUGGAGCUCUUCCAUCGUCACAGUCGAACCAUGAUCAAGCACUUGGAAGACGCGGCGAUCCCAGCCGCCCAAAUACCACAAAAUGAGCGGGAACAGAAAGAGAAAGAAGCAAAAAGUAUGUGAACUUGUUCUGUUCCAACGAAAACCCAAUUUCAGCGUACGAGCCAGUGCAAGUGGUGCGCGGGUCUUCCCAUGGAGUGGCUCUCAUUCCCCUGGACACUCUUACGUUCGACCUCGAUGUCAUCCAACGCCUACAACAUGGAACCACAGUCAUCCACUAUGAGCCAGAUUCGGGAAGAAGCAACUUAUGUCUGCUUAGACUGGAUCCGAGUUGCGGGCAAAUAAACUGGCACAAGAUUUCAUACUCUGUUAACAAAGACCCCAAGGAGAAAGUGAGUUGGUUUGAUGGUAAGCACGAUAACUAUUUUGUUGCAGGAUGUGCUCGCGAAGGUCUCGGUUUCAAAUCUCCAGCCAUUGGAUUCUGGAAGAGGAGCCGCGUCUCCAAUGCCAUCGGGAAGAACUCCGGGCACUGGAGGAGCUGGAAUUGAAGAGGGAGAGCUCAAACUGAGCGUUGUGAAAGGCGUCGAACUGGUGGACAGUUAUGACAUUGACAUUGAGGUAGAGCGUUAUGACAUGACACAUUCAAGAAAAGACACAUUCAGGCAAUUUACCGCCGUCAUUCCGUUGAAGAAAUGUCGGUUCCGGUGUGCUGCUGGAAGGUCAGUCAUGGUCAACUAUUGUCUGACAACGAGUUCAUUUACUUCUUGGCUCCACAGCAAAUCGCCCACUUCUGGACGAACGGGUUGCAAUCUGUAUGUGAUGAAAACUUUACGAACACUCUUUUAAACUAAUUUUCAGGUAGUGAAAAGUCUGCAGAGACAGCAGAAAUACCCGGACCGACGCAUGCUUUGGAUUAAGAACGUGUACCUCUCAUUGUAUGAGAUUACCGGCGAAGCCAACUGUGGACCACGGCCCUACGAAGCACUUCAGGCAUUUGGUGGGCGGGUUGAGCGUUGGAAAGGCUUUGGUUUGUUUUUUCGUUCUUGUGAUAGUGACAGUUUGGGCUUUGCGACAAGCAAUCAAAAACAAAAUUAUGUUAUUUAUUUUUUAUCGCUUCAUUCUCCGGUCGGCUUCAACCUGUACGCGUGUCUUUCUGUGUGUGCAACAGAGAAAUAGUGCGGGGAGGUUAGAUGAACAUCAUAAUCAUAAACGUGCUUAUCUUUAUUGCCGUGAACUUCAUCGGCCGCCCUCCUUUCGGUUUUUCGAUUUCUGGAGCUGUGCCCAUCCGCUGUCAAGCUGUUCAAUGACUAUGCAAAAUGUGUCUGUAACUCUCACACUUCUAGGAUUGAGCCAGACGAACAGUAACGCCACGAGACCCAACGACUCCUCGUUGUCCAGCGAGCCAGGAGGCGCUAAAAGCAGGUGAGUGGUAUCAAGUAAACAGAUACGAGCAUGACUAGUACUGAUCAACAACACUUUUUCUGUCUUCAGACUAAAGAAUUUGAAAAAUGCGAUGCAGAAGAAGCUUCGUGGAGCAUCCCGUGAAGGCAGUCGAUCUCAGUCCCCUCAACCCCACUCCCCACUUGUCCGACCUCCAUCCAUCAAGUCACAAAUCUCCUCACAAUCCGGUCCUCCCGGCCCGAAUUCUCCGGGUUACUUGCUGAAGCCACGUGGCGAACCAGCAAACAGCGAUGCUGGUGACAUUGACAGCCUUUACACACCGAGGUCCAGAACUCCGACCAGCAGCUCCUAUGGAGGUCAGUCAGUGUUAUGAAAUAUUCAUACAGAGCGGCUAUUUUUGGCAACUACGCUGUAUGUUGUGUUACUUCGACAAUUGCUGAUAGCAUAGCACAAGACUCUCGGGAAAAAACGUGUCAGAGAAAGAAAAAGGCGAUUUUUAUAGUUUUUCGCUCACUAUCUUACAAUUAAAAGGUGUUAUUUUAUGCGCUUGAUCUUUACUAUUUCAGGUCGUUCUGUCGGAGGAAGGUCGACAAAAUCAUGGAGAUCGCGAGGGGGAGAGACUCCGAACUCGGGCUCUAUCAGCAGUUCGGGACAGAUGUCGAUUCAGGUGUCCGGGCUCAGCGGGCCUUCUGGAAAAGAGUUUCAGGAGAAGCCUCUGACUCUGGUCGAGUUUGCAGAACUUUUCCGAUUGUUUAACACCAGAAUGAGAAAGGAUUUGAGGUAGAUCUUAAUUUCUCAUUUCGAUCCCCCAUAUUUCGUUUUCAGAGAUGUUUUCAACGAUGUCUUGUCCACAGCCACAACGCCACAACACUGCGCAAAACGAGAGCGGGAUCGUCACAGCCCGCGGAUGCAAUCAAGACUGGCGAGUGUCUCAAACUCGUACAACGCAGACUUCCUGUCGAAUGGUAGGUCAAACAACACACGCGAUGACAACAAUCAGCCGUUUGUUUUCAGACUUCCUGACCCGUAACACCACUGUCACUUCGCAUCAUAUCAGCGAGAAACAGAAUAAGAUCUAUAAUGCACUUGCUCUUGCCAGCGUUAACAGGUUAGCGUUGCUAUUUCUAUUUCCGGCCUCUUACGUAAACCCACAGCUAAAAGUAGUCUAAUUUUAUUUCCAAACCAGCACGCUCAAGUGCCUCUGAUUAAUGCAUGAAGUCAUACUCAGAAACAUUUCACUCCCUGUUAUUAUCUGAUUGUCAAAAAAGAUGAAAAGAAAAGGAGCCAUCUAAACGGCAAACAAGACAACGUCUCACGUUUGAUUCAUUACAAAUGAAGUGGUGACGUCGCGUUGUGGAUGUAGGUGUGAACAAAGCGGUCGAAGCCGAGAAAACGCAGACUUUUCUUAUGUAUUUGUUCCGUCUGAAGUGGGGAGGAAAAGCAAGAAAGAGUGUUGUAACUUUGAACAAUUUGCAUAUAAAUUAUUUAUGUAUUCGCGGCUCCUACUUCUAAGUCAUAGCGGGGAUGGGGAAGGGAAUGGAAUGUAAGUAAGAAUCCACGUAUGAUGUGAUAUAAAAAAUGGCUCCCAGACACUUUUGAAGAAGAGAAAAAAGCGUAAAGAAAACACUCUUUGAAAAGAAGCAACUGGGUCGCCGUCAACUCCCACGCUCGUCAUUCUUUUGAAAGUUUAUGAAUGAAAAUCAUUAUCUGAAAUGAGUCGAUCACAUCAUAGAAACAAAGAACACCCAUAUUACCUUACUGUAAUAUCUUAUUUCUCACUUUCAGCAUGGGUGGCCUCAUGGACACGUCACGAUCCUCGAUGCUGACGCCGCAAAUGCUGCGCGCGUUUGUCAACACUCAUCAGAUGGAGCAGAUUGACGAGCAAACGGCAAUUAAGCUCAUUCAGGUAAAUUUCGGAUUUCCGUUUACUUUCACUUCCUCAUUUGAAAAGCGCAACUUUUUGUGUCCAAUGUUACAUUACUUUAUUAACAUGAGUGGUUGGAAAUAUACGAAUCCCGUUGAUAGAAGAAGAAGAAGUUUAGUCGUUAAAGUGGUCAGACGCCGACGAAACCACCGCAAACACGAACAUUUUUUGGGGGCGAGGGAAGAGUUGGAAGAGAGGGAAAAGGAUUGAGUCACACAAAAUUGACAUUUAGGAAAGAAAGAAAGAAUGGAAGAAUGGAAGAAACUAGAAAGGGAGAAAGGAAGGGCAAGUUACAUUGACGUCCUUUUUAUUGGAUAGAACAGCACAUUUCUCUCCGAGCGCUUUCUUUGCUGAUUCGCUCCUGCUGCUCAUCGACUUCGGCGGCAAAUGAAACCUGAAAAUUUUUUUGUUCGAAACCCGGAAAUGUUGUGCAAAGAAAACCCAGAAAGAGAAAAGAGCCACUUGAAAUUUACAAGAGCUCUUCCCCCCUCACCAGUAGAUUUUCUAGCUCCUUCUUUAUCAACUAACCUUUUUUGGCAUAGUGGGAGUCGCUGACACGUCCGGAUGUUGAAGAGUCGUUAGCGAUGUCUUGUUUGUCGUUUCCACAGCGCCAUAGGCUUCAACAUCUUGAGUUUUCGCCCACGUGGCAGCACUGCUCGCGGGAACAUCUUCCCCUUCGCUCGGUCGGGGCAUUGCGAUGAGAAUGGCGAGAAGUGACAGAGGCGAGAGAGGGGCGGGGUUGAGCAGCACCUUUUCGCGACCGCCUCGGUUCCUCUCUUUCUUUCUGCGGUUAGAGGCAAAAGAGAGGGGUGUUCUGCAGUUGGACAUUUCGAUUAGAGAUUACAUUAAGAGGUCAGAAAAGAAGUGCGGAAAUGGAUGAUGUUAGCAGAGUACGUGUAGGGAUUGAAAAAAUAAGAAAUAUUGCAACCUAGCUAUAAGUCUUUAUGUGAAACGUAUCAAUUUUGAAUCUCGGAAUAACGCAUAGCAACAGGGACACGUGGGUGUUCGCCAACGAACAACUUGCAAAAACAAUUAUUAGUUAUCAGUCUGCUGCUCCAUCUGCUGCUCUGAGAAUACGGGGAAGAACUCAAUGAAACUAGAAAAUAGCCACAUCUAAAACGUGCACGCCCCCUCCUCCGCAAUCUUUUUCACACGGUUGCUCUUUCAAAAUCAAGAAUUGCUCUCGAUUUUCCCAUUGAAGGGCACUGCAUUAGAACGUUAGUAUUUCUGGGCAGAGGUCGAAUCGAAAAACGGAAAUCUCGUCAAAGAAAUCUAGAGGCUUUCAGCAGAUACGGCCUCUCGGGUUGACGUCCCCCGGGGAAUGCGUGCCCGCUCUGUUUUAUUUUAAUUUAUGAGGGCAUCCCCCCUACGAAACUGGAAUUUCUUUUCCGCUUCUGCUGCUCAUUUGGUGAACUUUGAUCCAAAUCAAUCGUCCGGGAUGGACUUCACAUGGCAACAUGUGAGGGCCAUGAAAAGCAUAGCAAAAGCUUAUAAAAUACAAGACGAGAAGCAUAAAAUGUGUGUUUUAGGAGCACGAACCGGAUGCAACAUGCCGUCAAAAGAACCAAAUGUCGUUCGAGGGAUUCACCCGAUUCCUGUGUGACCCGGUUAAUUUUGCAUUUGUUCCUGAGACAAUCGAGCCGGACGAGGAGGACUUGAGAUAUCCGCUAUCUCACUACUACAUCAACUCGAGUCACAACACCUACUUGACGGGCCAUCAACUGAAGGGACCGAGCAGUUCCGAGAUGUACAGACAGGUAAGUCAGAACGGAAACGACGUGAGAGACUUGACAACUUCCUGCGAAGAAAACAGGUAGUACCCAUCAAAUGAUAAAGAAGUGUUGACAGAAAAACAAAGCUUUUAGGAGAGAAGGGACCGGGAACCGGCGGGAGGGUGCAAGUUCAAACAUCACUUUUGAAAAGUGCAAUCUAUUUCUCGCAGGAGGGGAGGAAAUUAUCCAAUUUCCACGAUUAUUCAGGGCGCCUAGUCUGUUUCUUCUUGAUUAGUGACGCGCUAUUUUAACCAAAACCCUGAUGCUCUUUGAAUUUUACUCAUUUAUUAUGAUUUUAGUCAAGUCUAGCUUUUUACCACGAGCGUCAUAUAGUUGGCAUUUUAUCAAGCUGAAAUUGAAAGUGCAGUAACAUUUUUGAAAGCCUCAUAUUAGACAAAAGUCCAAGUUUAUGGGGUUUUCGGUGAAUAAAAGAACUCAGAUCGGUUCAGGGGGUCGAAUGAUGUUGUAGAGAAACUUGAUACUCGACUUGACGACUACGUCCCCCUGGACGAAUACGGAGAAAAACAAAAAAAAGGUAGGUAGUCGGUUGAUGAAGAGAGAAAACACCAGACGUCUCCUCCUUUCCUUCUCUUUUUCACAACAGACAGCAAACAAAUAUCCGGGAGUAAGCCAAAUGCUCCAGAAGAGGGCGAAAGGCGGGUCAUCGGACGGGCCGCUGUGUGGGCACAAGGGCACCGCUGCUCCCGGAGCAGGAGCACAACGAGAGCCGCUCAUUUCAGCACCCCAACGGGCGCGUACGCAUGUGUUUCAAUGUGCAUGCGUUUUGCCUUUCGGGGGCAAAAACGUUUUUUUCUUCUUCUUCUCGCUCCUCCCUCACUUCUUUUUGAAAUUGGCACCAGAAUAAAGGCGCACACAAAGCGGGUCAUCUUGAGAGUGAUGGGAGGAAGAGAAGGUGUCUGCAAUUGACAUAAACAAUCCAGUUGGGAUCCUGGUUCUCAGUCCCUGGCCACUCAUUAUACGUGUUUACUGACCCGGGUAUGUUAAUAACGGACUUUGAGUGAACAGCAAACAAAAGGGCAAAAAAACUCGUUGGCCGGAAGCACAAUAGUCUCCGAAAAGAGGAAUGAAAAACUUACCCUAGCAUAGAUCGCAUUUUCUGUUUUAUGGUGUCAAAAGAUAAAACCUCGCGGGGCUAAUAUAUUGGAUUUAUCGUAAAAAAACACAAUCACCCACGCACCAGGCACAGAAAAAAAACAAUAAAGAAGAGUGAACGUGAAAAUAAAAGAAAAUAAAACAUUCUUGAAGGUGCUUCUGACCGGAUGCCGAUGUGUUGAGCUGGAUUGUUGGGAUGGAGAUGACGGGCUCCCGUUGAUCUAUCACGGACACACUCUAGUCAGCAAAAUAGGAUUUCGACAGGUUGGACUAGGGACUGGGGAUUGCGAAUUACACAAAACGUUCAGGUUGUGGAAAUCAUCAAGAAAUCAGCGUUUAUCACUUCUGAUCUGCCUGUGAUUUUGUCUAUUGAGAAUCAUUGCUCUCUUCAACAGCAAGCAAAAAUGGCCCAGAUGUUCAAGACAGUGCUUGGCGAUCUGUUAGUUACUAACUUCCUGUUCGAAGCUGAUUUCUCCGACUCUCCGAGACUGCCGUGCCCACUCCAACUCAAGAACAAGAUUUUGAUCAAGAAUAAGAAGAUGAUUGGUAUUGACUAUAAGUAAUGUUUCGAAAAUAACACACAAUUUCAGUUGACCCACCGACACCGCUGCCUAUGGUCGAGCGUGGAGCCAUUCAAAGAGGGGAAACCCAACUGACCCUUCACAGAAAACAAAGCAAGAAUUCGUAUGAAAGCAGGUAAGUAGAUACCGGAAAAUAUGAUUAUGCUCAAAAAAUGAAUAAAUUACCUAACACGCAUUUCACUUGCAGCAAUUCGAACUCCAUCUUCCGAUCUAGGUACUAACCUUUAGAGUGAAAUAGAUAUAAUCAAACCUAUUACCCUCAGUUUUCACAAUUUGGUUCAUACCGCCUUGAAUUGUGCUAGAAUUUAUAAUUUUUCUCUUCACACACUUCCCCCAAUACUCCCCGAUCACUUCUUCUUUGAAUGCACACCUAAUUAGUUCUGCAUGUAAAACUAAAUUACAGUUGGAAAUGACAUUUUUUCAGUACGGUCGACGAAGUUGAGGAUGAUGAUCUUGAUGAGUUUUUGGAUGAUGAGGAGAAUGAGGAGGAUGACCCAGAAGAAGUGCCGGUAAGAGGAGAGAAAGAUGACAGUCCGAAGGCAUCGAAGAGAGCGGAAAAGACAGCCAGAAACAUCAAGCAACAAGACUCGUUGUGCAGUGAUCAUUCGGUGGAGCAGGCAAAGCCUUCAACCAGCAAGACCACAUCCAAAGUAAACGCUAAUAACCUAAUAAAAGCUAAAGCGCAACUCUUCACACUUUCAGGCAAAUGAGCAAAAGACGGAAGAUGAAGUGCUGUAUGCUCAACUAGCGCAGAAUGCAAUCCGCAACCAACAACCCCGGAAGAACAACACGGGUGUACAAAUAGCACCGGAGUUGUCGGAUAUUGUCAUUUACAUGCAAGCCACCAAGUUCAAAGUAGGCAAGAUUGCAGAAAACCAAAACAAAAUCACGUCAUUGCAGGGAUUUCCGCCAGUGGAAGGCAUUCAGUCGCCGAGGAUUACGGAAGAACAGCAGGCAUCCGCCAGUCUGUCAUUCUCGUCGAGAGCCAGAACGCCGUCAAACCUUCUGAACACACCAGCACCUCCGAGACGUCAGCGGAGCAGUACACAGCUCAGUCAGGAGCUGACUGCCGAAUUCGUGGGGACCGGUCGGCCGAAUGCGACAGCCACGUGCUAUCAGGUCACGUCGUUGAAUGAGAAUGCAGCAAAGAAGUUGAUGAAGCGACACCCGGCCAAGUGUAUCUCAUACACUCGUGAUCAUGUACGUGCAUUAAAAAGAGUGAUAGGAAAAUUUUGCUUUUAUUCAGUUAAUUCGCACAUAUCCAAGUGCCAAGCACUACGACUCCUCCAACUUUAACCCUAUCAAUUGUUGGGCUCAUGGAAUGCAGAUGGUGGCGCUCAACUUCCAAACUCCUGACGUCAUCAUGGCUGUCAACCAGGCAAUGUUCGAACAGUCUGGAAACUGCGGAUACCAACUGAAACCAAAAUGUCUUUGGGACGAUUCUCACCUGCUGUACAACAAGUUCUUGCCUCUUUCGAAGGAUAUCUCCGGUCACUCUGCUCUCCUUCUCAAUCUAACGGUUAGUUAUAAGCUCUACACUGCCAGUUUUUAUGCAAAUAUGUCAAUUUUAGAUCAUUUCCGGUCAGCACGUUUACCCAAACACUCACUACGCGAGUCUGUACGUGGAAAUAGAAGUGAUCGGAAUUCAAAACGAUUGUGUCCGCGAGAAAUCGAAAGUGGUCCAAAGGAACUCAGUGAAUCCGAUCUGGAACCACACAACUCAACUGCGUAUUGCGUGCGUCGACCUCGCCUUUCUUCGAAUCGCCGUUUGCGACAGCGGCCAGAACGGACGAGUAGUGGCGCAUCGCGUGGUCCCUGUCAAAUGCAUUCGGCCCGGAUUCCGACACCUUCCCCUCCGAACCCCAGCGAAUCUUCCGAUUGACAAUGCAAUGAUUUUCAUAAGGUACACACAUAACACGUGCGGGGCAAGCUUUGUCAACACGAAGCGUUUAUUUCAGGUCAACACAAGAAAGUUGUACCGAGAGUAUUUAGCUUUCAAUGUAAUAACACACUCACAACAUAAUAUACUAGUUUUGUAUUAGUACCUCACACAGUUUGAAACACUUUAUGGCAUGCAUUUGCUAGAUUCAAAAGUUUCUAUAUUGAUAUUGUUGCCGUAUUGUAAUUGGUCUCACGUUUCAGAACCAGAUUCGAACAGGAGGAGCACAUUUACCUCCACGACGAUGAUUCGAAUGCGUACUGCAAUCUCGAGCACACUUUGGCUUAUAGAACCGAUUUGGUACGCGGAAUUUGAUUUGAUUAGCACGUUUUCAUAGCGCUUUUCGUUUUAGACUCCCCACCUUUCACCCACUCCCAUUUUGAAAAAACAAAUCUUCGUUCUCCGCAUCACGGGCGCUUUCGCUGACGAAACGGCAAUCACUGUACACAGCGAGUCGGGAAGUACUGUGAAGACGGUGAUGCAGCAAGCUCUCAUGAAUGCCGGAAAGAAUGCGGAUCAAGUGGAGGAGUAUGUUUUGAUAGAAGAAGCCAUUCCGAUUGCGUCUGGAGAGGAUCCUAUUGAACAAAGAGUAACACAGUCUGUUGUAGAUGGAAAAGUCAGAUGAAUGUUUUCAGAUACUCCCGCUCCACGAACCGAUCAUGGAUGCUGUCGCAUGCUGGAACGGUUCGAUGCGUCGAUUUGUGUUGCGCAAGAAAGGCAGUGUGAGUUACGAAGAAAAACGUCGUCAGCGCAAAACUAGCAAAUCGUCACGCAAACUGAACUGGGCCGCAACGUUCGACGCGUCCACACUGUCGGCGAACGUAUGAGACCAACUCAACCUUCACAUUCCUGUUUUCUCAACUCACUACAAACCGCUUUGUGAACUCUUGCUAAUAUUGUAACUCUCUCUCUCUCUCUCUCUCUUCACCUACCGUAUCUUCAUUUCUUUUCCAUUUUCUAACUAGCCGACUUCAAAUGAUCGACAAAGGAUCACGAGGAACGGGGCAUAGGUGAGAACUCGACUGACACGACUGAACAACAAUAUUUCCGCGCCGUGCAGCAAAGGGAAUGGCUGUUGAGAUUAUGUAGUGGCUUGUGUGUGAUAUGCUAGGAAUAUUGGCCUUUCAUGAGCAUGACUAAUUGAUCUCAUUCCGCUGCUUAUGCCGGCACGGAUUGUUGAAUUGACCUGAAUUGAUAGCUGAUGUAUUGAUGAUGUAACCAACGCUUUGUUCUGAUCUUCUAACAGUUUUUAUGGAGUUCUGAUAAUUUGGAGUGAUUUGUGUCUCCUUUGCUUCAACCUUCAAUUGUUCUGUUUUCUAGGACCCAUCCUCAAGAGCUUGGAUCACUUCCAUCAUAAAAUCGGGUACCAGUGGCAGCUCAACAUCAGUUUCGCCAAGCCCAUUAACCAAAGAUGGUCACGUAAAGAGUGCGUCGAGCAACCAACUUCACGGCCGAUCAUUGGACACUGAUGCUUUUGGCGAGCACCUCGACGUGACAGAAGGCAAGUGUAAGAACUAUUUCCAUUUGGUUCCCAUUCUCAAAGCACCGAUAAUUGAAGGGUUGAAUCCGAGAGCUCGGUCUAUGGUCGGCGACACAUUUUUGGUCUGUGUGCACAAUGUCAGCGAGGACCAGCCAUACGCUAUUCUUCGUGCUGGAGUUAACAGUACUGCUGCUGAUAUUAUCAGACAAGUAAUAUAAAAUUUAAAGAAACACUUUGUGGAAUUAGAUUUUUUCAGGUGUUCGUCAAAGUUCGUCGUCCAAAUUUAGAUGACGCAGAAUUUGUUCUUGUGGAAGAAACGUGCGACGACACCAAGAGCAGCCAGGGUCAAAGUAUGCUACAAGCUCUCUCACUGGCGCGAAAAAAGAGCAAUGACCGUAGGCUAUUUCAUCAAUGUUCCCUCAUUCUCUGUCUAUCUUGUUUUGUGCCACGGUUUCUUUGCACUUUUUUCAGCGCACUUUUAAGUAUAACUUCUACUAUCUUAUGUGUUUCUGUUACAUAUUUCCAAUUGAGCAGUAUGAAAAGAACAAUUUCAGUGACGCCAAAAUAUCCGAACAGUCGCACAACAAGCCGGGUCCUGGGUCCCACUGAAAACGUCUACAAUGCGCAAUGUCGCUGGAAGUCAACCGGCAGAUUUGUUCUUGAGAACCGCAAGGACACUGUCCACGCAACACUCGAAAAAGUGAGAUCAUUUAUUUCGAAACUGGAAGCUGCUAAAGCAAGCAUUGAGCCUUGAAUGAUUAAUUCCACUGCACCGUUUCUCCCCCGAAAAAACGUUUUCACCAAAACAUCUCGAAUCACUGUCAACUUCUAUCCCUAUCACUUUUUCCCAAUUUUCACUUUACCUUUCUUUCUCCCUUUCCGUUUCGGAUACAUUUGUGUUUUAUUUCUUUCCAGAACAAUUUUCCGCAUGUUUUUUUCUGCAUAAUCGUGUGUACCUUUACCAAAAACCGUUGUAUAAUAUAAGUGACUACCGAAAUGAGAAUUCUCCUCUCUAACUCAAUUUCUAUUGCCACUAACAUGUCUUAAUAAAUAUAAAAUGGGUCAUUAUGAUAACUACAUUCCGACUGCCUGGUGUUCUUUGGAUAAGACUUUUAAGGAUCAGAAUUUUCUACAGGAAUUCAUUGAAAUGGCUCAGAAACUUCGGGAAAGUAUUCCGAAAAAGGAAGAAAUCUAUUACAUGAUCUACUAUGCAGGAUUGCCGGGCGAAGACAUUUGA